CCAGUAGAUAAUACUACAAUGGCAGGAGAUAUGAUAGGGAAUCUAAUAUCCCAAGGAAUUGAUCUCGGAAGGGUUAUCAAGACGGAUGGCACUGAUCUCUUCUCAGGAUAUGCAGAUGUAGCACGCAGCAGAUUACCGCACCUUGCGGAUUCCGUUGUCGAUGCCUUUGGACGUGUGUUAGAUAUUUUUGAACGUCCGACAAACUUGAAGAAGCCAGUAUUCGAUGUUGAGCGUUUAAAGCCAUCUAGACAAAUCGAUAUAGAAGAGGCAAAUAGACCCUCAGAUACGGAGGUCAAACCCGUACCAAAACAGCUCAUAAAUGAAAACGUACAUAUUGAUCAACUUGCAGGUGCAACGAGGGCACUGUACAAUGCAACUCAAGCUGAAGCGGAUACCGUAACACCCAUGUAUCAUGUCGUAAGAAAUGUUGCCAAAAGUUCGGCAUCCCCUUGUGAUGCGGAGGUCAGAUUGUGUUCAGAGUGUUAUAUAUCAUUGGCUACAGUGCGAUGUAAUUCAUGUGUAAUGCACUUUUGUGGCGUCUGCGCUGUACAAAGGCACUCUGAUGGAAUAAACCAAACUCACAAACUAGUGACUGCUACAUCGGGUAAAGAAACAAGGCUAACAGCAUCAGAUCAAAUGUCAGGGCUGUUUUCAUAUGGAGAUAUGGCCACUCAGGCCUCAGGAAGUAAGGCUGGUAACAUGUAUCAGGACAUGACUAUACAAAUUCGACCGGGAGAGUCAGCAUUUCCCUCAUAUGAACCAUGUACAAUACACGAAGGGUGUAACCUACAAUUUGCCUGUACUGUUUGUCACAUGCUACCAGUAUGCACCAGGUGUACCGAAGAGGCUCAUACCGGUGAUGGCCAUAAGGUGGUGGAAAUUGAACGUGCAGCAGCUGAGGUCAAAGAACUGCUGGGAGAUUGCUUGAAUGCAGUGGUACGCAGGCAUAACGAUUUGUCUUUAGUAUUACCUGAAUUGCAACUUGUUGCAGAUACCUCUAAUGCAGGGCUUAAAAAUGCUACCAGGUCCAUGCGUAGUGGAUUGCAGCGUGUCCACGAUGCUCUGAAGGUCAAGCGUACAUUAGGGAUGCAGGAUAUUAAAAAUAUGCAACAGGUGGGAUCAGCGGCACUCAACAGGUUGAUGCACGCCAGUGGAGCUUUGAGCAGAUAUUUUAGAGGUUGUCUGGCACAACUGGAAGCUAUUAAUCGCGUGAAGAAUCCCGGUAUGGCACUCAAUAUGUUCGUAGAUCUGCGGGCAAACUUUGAAAAAAUACUAUUUACAGAUGAAGAAAUACCCGAUCUUGUACUAGAGGUGCCACAUUGGCAUCUUCACUGUGGUAACUUGGCAAACCUUCUAUUGGACCAUGAGACUAGAUUACAUCUAAAUUUCACACAGAUUGCAGCACUGUCAUCUACCUUGAGGGCAUGUGUACGCGAUUGUGUGAAUGGUUUGGAAAAAAUAGCUAAUGGUACACGUGUCAUGGAACAACCAGAGAUACAGCACCAACCUCGUAGAUUAGCAGAAAGGCGAACUCGUCCUCCAGGGCCCUCGUUAUGGGUAAAAGGUGCUGAAAAUACAUUGGAUAUAGUUAAUCAUGCGGAGCUCAAAGGCUUAUUCUUACGACGAGAUUCGCAGAGGUGUUCAUGGCGCCAGCGUGCCGUAUAUCUGUGCGGACCGCGCCUGUUCGUACUUGAAAGUGAUUUGUUUGCUGAUGAUGUACCAGUGGAAUCUAGUAUCGAUUUAAGCGCUAUUACUAUUAGGCCAUUUAGAGAUCCGAAUACACUGCAGAUUACCAAAUUGCAGCGUAUAGGGCAUCCGAAUGGUUUUGAAAUCACCGAGAAUAAAAACGGAAGCAUGCGAUUCUGGCUGUUCACGUGUGAAUCAGACAAAACUGUAGAUUUGUGGACAGUAAGAAUCGAGAGGAUAGUGGCAAAAUUGCAAAGGGACCGUGAAAUGUCAAAUACAAACCAAUUCCAAGCAAUAGAAGCUCCGCCACUUAAGGGCAUGUCCGAUGGAACUACCCUGCAGCAGUUGCAUAAGUUGAAUUGCGAGAGUCCGGCUGAUAGUUGUGUCAUGGAUCCAGAAGGUGAACACCGGACAUGUGAGGACACGCAUGAUCCAGAGUACUUCUAUGACGACCAAAAUUUCAAAAUCGUGGCAGAUACAUUAAAGAAAGUAAAAAAUGAGUCGAAGGCGCUAUAUGACAAGUGCUUCCGUAAUGAAAGGGAAAUAGUGGCUAACCAGUGGCAAGUGGAGGAUUUGACAUUACACGCUGCCUCGUUGCCAUCUAGCGAAACCAGAAGCCUAGCAGAUGAUGCAUCCAUAUGUACAACGACAAUGCCAAGAUUAGAAAGCAAAUCUAGUGGUAGAUAUGAAAUGCCAGAAGAGCCUGUUCGACGGGCACGUAGCAUCGCUACUAGAGCCAGUGUUUUUCAAGGCAACGACAUAACCCUGCCAUCUGUACUACCGAAGUUCACAAGCUCGCCAAGUGUCAAAUCCCCUAAAUCCAUUCUGCAGUUAUUCCAGAACAUCGGGAAUAAAAUACGCAACAAGAAAGAUUGUGAUAUACUAGACAGAUAUUAACCAUG